AAGAAUCUUUAUUUUAGGAAAAUGUCUUACUGUUUUCAUUUUGGCAAGACAUUUUCUAAAGCUUUUCUCUUCACCAUCAAUCACCCUUCCCCCUUCCCCCUUCCUUUCGCUAUCCCUCUCCCUUUUUUCCCUUUACAAAAAAAAAGGAAAAAAAUGAGAAGAAGUCUCUGGGUUUAACUUCUAUCAGCGUAAUUGCCAUCAAGGUGCAAUUACAUGAUUUGCAAUUUUGUAAAAAACGAAGUAGUAAAACUAUUCAAAAUGCCAUUGACAUUAAAUUCUUCAGUUUUGGCACACAAGAAGUAUGAACCAUUUUUGAAUAAAAGCAUUGAUCAUUAUGAUCAAAUGGCUUUGGUUGUUGACAAAGAUAUGGCAAUAGGGAGUUUUGUUAGAACAUUUGCUGACAUAGACUUGGAUGAUGGUAACCAAGAUUCAUUGCUUGUAGACUGCGACAAUGAGGAGGUAAGAACAAAUGUAUCUUCAUCUGGCACAUUUAAAUGUAAAAGAAAAAAUACUCAAGAAAGUGUCAUUGAUGAACAAAUUAAAUUUGUGGGUAAAAAACUUGGUAAGAUUGAUAAUGCAUUGGAACAAUUAACUAUGAAUAAGACACUAUAUCCUUACGAAGAAGUGAUGUCGAUGGAGGUGGAAAGAUUUGAUGACAACUUUCUUUGUAGUGUAUUUGAUUAUCUUAUAGGUCGUGAUUCCGAGGCUAAAGCUUUCUUAGCCAAAAGCACGAAGCAUAGAAAAAUUUAGCUUUAAAAAUUCUCAAGGUUGAAGAUAUCGAUGUUUUAAUGUGGUGUAGUACUAAUUAUGUGGUGUAAUAUUAGUUAUGCACUUGGACAAUAUUGUAAUUAUCAUAUGGUAUAUUACUAAUUAUGUACUUGGAUAAUAUUAUAAAUUUGUAAUAUUAAUUGUGGUUUAGAAGCUAA